GAUGGCAUCCAGUGAUCGAGAGAAGAAGUUGGACCGAUCCUGCACAGUUUCACCGCGAGUGUAUCAGUUGGCUCAGCUUCUGUACAGAGAGUUCGAAUCACUAAGACGUAGCUACGGUGAUGCACCUUAUGGAGGACUGUUACCACUUUGUUUAAAAAUCCUCGAGGAGAUGGACCAGUUGUGCACCGACAAACGGCAAUUGGACUUGGAUUUGAACCUCCAAAUCGCUGAGAAAAACGACUUAGUCUUCCAGUUGCAACGUGCCAAUAACUUACUUGAUACUGCAACCAAGCGCCUGAAUUAUGUCGAAGACGAAUUGCUAACAGCUAAGAAAGAUUCCGACGAGAAAAUUGACAACCUGGAAUCAAUGCUUCGACAUCACGAAAUGUUAGCCAAAAAUGCUCAGGGACAUGCAUCUAGAUUGGAGGAAAGAGACGCGCAAAUGCAUGCGGAAUUGUCUACGCUUCACGAACGGUACAACGACUUACUGAAAGCCUACGUAGAUCAGACAGAGCGCAUCAAAGUGUCCGAUGCAGACACUGGAUCUCAUCAAGGAAAGCAACUCACUGACACCCAGUCGGAGUACGGUCACAACAAGACGAAUGAACUCGCUGGUGCAGCGCUCCCACGGUCACACGCAAACCAUACCGACAAAAGUUUUAUUGAAGAAGACGGUUACAUGAGAUUGACCUCCCCUCCUACCUCACUACUGGAACCGUUAAAAGCUUCCGAACGCGUGGCCUCCUACAUCACUCUGCUGGGAGAUGAUGCCAUGGAAUGUGAGUCGAUUAUGGCUCCAAGUUCUACCGCGGACCACGAGGAAGAGGAAGAAGAUGCAUCCCACAUGACCGAAGCAACGGAUUGCGUUGAGCCACCAUCUAGUAUGAUGCGAGAGGUGGAGAAGUUGAUUAAUGAAAAUAUGGAGUUGAGCGCCACCAAAAAUGCCCUCAAUGUAGUCAAGAAUGAUCUUAUCGGUAAACUCGACGACGUCACUGGACGCAACAUCGUGCUCGCCAAAGAGAUAGAACAUCUGCGCGCCGAUCGAAAUCGGAUCAAAGAUGGGGCGAACCAAACCACGCGCCUUCUGAACGAAUGUCGUACGCAGCUGGCCCACUUGCGCACACGCCUGAAGCUUUACGAACAUGUGGAUGACGGCGGCUCCGUUCCCGACCAAAGGAAUCUGGCGCUGUCGGAUGUGAGCUCGCAGUCUAGUGAGUACAAAUCAGCGUUGGAAGAUGGUGUUGCCACACUGCCAACCUCAUUGCACUCUUCGCCAUCUGUGUUGACACUUUCGGGUGACGCUGAUAAUAAUGAGGCGCAGCCGGAGUUUCCGAGGCGCACUGUCUCCGUUGGCCUGGAUCCUCUCAGUACGUCUAGUGUCGAGGGCGAUCGUCCUCCACUGGUUCAAGUUGAUGGUGUCGGCAAAUCGGGUAGUCUGCACGCAAAACUGGGUGAACCCUUUUUCACGAAACGAGAGAUGGCCCGAGUUAUUGCUGAACGAAAUUAUUAUAAAGAAAGCCUUUUGGAGUUGCAAGAUGCACUGCGUUCCUUCGAGGAGUUGCGCUUACAGCUAGCCGACUCUGGUGGUUUUGGAUCUCCGGGCUCACCGAAUGGGCGACUUCGAGGCAAAUCCUCCGGCUUUGCUAGACAAUUAUUGUCCGGUAUACAGUCGGUUGCGGAUGAUGUCGCUUCGGGUCUCCAGGGUUUGUUCACCGAAAUGGAGCCCGUAUUCACUCCUGGUUUGCCGUCGGAAGUGCAACAAGUAGAGUUCUACAGCCCAGCUCGGACGACCAACAGAUCAACUGUGGACGCCGUUCAACCAUCCGAACUGCGGCGCAUGUUCAGCAGGUUUCUCGGUCAUGCUGCCGGGCAAGCGGUGUUCGGUGCGAGAAACGAUUUUGCGGCCACCGUCACUAGCCAAGCGUUGGCUGACUCACUCCCCAGGCUGUUGGAUUCUCGCAAGUCCGAAUGCGUUGUAUCUUCGUCACCAGAAAACAUCCCGUCGUUGCCCGCACUUCCUCAAACUGACUUUUCGACGCGCCAAUCACCGCAACAGACGACGGUAACAAUCCUGGAGACGGAAACUAAUCGCGCUCCCUUGCAGCGGCCUAAUGUUUCCACACCCAUUCGCAGUGAUUCACCCACCUCCCCUUCGGAUUCAGCUAAAGCGUUGUUUUUCAAUCACUUCUGAAGCCUUUCUCAGUAUUUUGACCUUUACUCCCACCACUUUUUACCCCAAUUUUAUCAUCAACCGUGGCUUGUGUUUCUUUCAGUCUUUCUUACACUUCACUCAAAUAAUGAUGACGUGCGCCACUUUUAGAUCUGCUGCCCAUCCCUGUUUAUCUUGACCGCUCACUACUAUUUUAUCUUCUUUCGAUGACUCACGAGUAUGUCUGUGUUUUUUACCAACCAACAUGUCUUUCAUCUAUUGAAUUCUCUUUUUUCACACUAAACAGCACCUUGUUAUUGUACUCGCCAACUUUUACUACAAUAGUAUAACUUCGUUCGUGGCUCUUCUUAACUUGUGUACUGACAUUAAUGUCUCCGAGACUUCAUAACAAUGCAUGGUGGUG